AUGGCCAGUGUGGGAGCUGCCAACGUCCAAGAUGACGUUGACCUCAUGAUGCUGGACCACCUGGCAUGCGUGGCAAUUGACAAGAUAAUCGAUGCCGCCAAUACCCCCUCACCCGGCUCCAAACUGGUAGAUGAGGUGAAUUGGACGAUCACGCCUGUGAAAUCCCUGCAAGUUGUGAUCGCCACCUACCAGCCCGAGAGCGCCUUGCCGCUGGACCUUGCCAUCAAGGUGCGGAUUUUCGACCUGGUCUGCCCUCUCUGGAACUACCCCCACCCGGACCUGACACGUCGCGUCGCGGGCGAUAACUCCCCCUAUCUAAAGGAUAUUGGGGAGCGCUUCCUGGGACUCUGCUCGCUCGCUGCUUCCAAGGUCUCCGAGACGCGUUGGUUCGACCUGGGCACCCGGUUCAUGAUCCAGGCCGCGCUGGAGGAGCACCUCAUCGGAGUCACGCGCCGAGAGGCACUCCGCACCUUCUAUUCCUGGCACCCGAAUGGUGACCGGCGAAUCGCCAGAUGGUCGGAUGUCCGUGAGCGCUACGCGGAAGACAUCCCAGACUCCCCGGAUGACGAGGCCGGGUGGGAGUUGCUCUACCAAGGGUACCCCUGGGUCCCGUUCAAGGCCAUGGUGAUGGACUUCCUUUACGAGCUCAUGACCACCCUCGACGAGCCCAUUUUCCUCCAGCUCGAACUAGGCCAGCUCGGUAGCCUGACCCCGGCUGAAACCCAGCAGCUGAAGCAGCGGAUCGGCUGGCGCUGA